AUGUCGAAGAGAAUAAUGUGUGAAGUAUUCUGUACUGCUGAAGACUUAGGAAUGGACAUCUUUUAUAGCGAUACCGACAGUAUGCAUCUCUACAAUGAAGAUAUCCCUCGUUUAGCUGAAGAGUUUGAGAAACGUUAUGGAAGAGUUCUCAUUGGUAAAAACCUUGGUCAAUUUCAUAGCGACUUUGCAGAAAUAACACCUGGAAAACAAAGUUUAGCAUACAAGUCAAUAUUUUGUGGAAAGAAGACUUACAUAGACUUACUCACUAACGAUUUAAAUGAAGUUGCAUUCCAUGCACGUUGCAAAGGUGUCAAACAAGACGUCCUUGCUUUAACAGCUAAUGAAAUGUUUCCUGAAGCUAUACAAUGCUAUUACAAUGAAGAUAAAGGUUUAAUGGUUCCGCAAGGAAAAUUUGACAAAGACUCUGAGUUCAGUGUUAUGAAACUUUACAAAGCACUUCAUGAUGGUCAAGAGAUUGGAUUUGACUUAUGUAAGUCUUCUACUCCUUGCUUUGCUGAAAAGUUUAACUUUUCUAUUCAGACUAAGACUUCAUUCAUAAGAAAGCUUAAGUUCUGA